AUGACUUCUCAAGAGAAGACAGAAGAGCAUCCUUUUGUGGAUAUAUUUAAUGAAGAUGAAGCUGACAAAAACUUUAUGUUGUCUAAACCUGUUUGCUUUGUUGUAUUUGGGAAACCAGGGGUUGGUAAGACAACAUUAGCCCAACAGAUAACACAGGCAUGGAAGUGUAUUCGUGUAGAAGCUUUACCCAUUUUGGAAGAACAGAUUGCCAGUGACACUGAAUCAGGAGCUAUGUUGCAGUCGAUGCUGAUCAGUGGCCAAAGCAUUCCAGAUGAACUUGUCACAAAGCUAAUGUUGGAGAAGCUCAACUCCCCAGAAGUCUCUCACUUUGGCUAUAUUAUCACUGAAAUACCAUCACUUUCACAGGAUGCCAUGACUAUUUUUCAGCAAAUAGAAUUAAUUAGAAAUUUAAAUUUGAAACCUGAUAUUAUAAUCAAUAUUAAGUGUCCUGACUAUGAUUUAUGCCAAAGAAUUUCGGGGCAAAGGCAGCACAGUAGUACAGGAUACAUAUUCACAAGAGAUCAGUGGGAUCCUGAAGUCAUUGAGAGUCGGAGGAAAAAGAAAGAAGCCCAAAAGGAAGGAAAAGGAGAAGAGGAAAGGGAAGAGGAAGAAGAGCAAGAAGAGGCAUUUAUUGCUGAAAUGCAGGUGGUGGCUGAAAUUCUUCAACAUCUAGUUCAGAGGCCUGAGGAUUAUUUGGAAAAUAUCGAACACAUUGUUAAACUUUAUAAGGAAAUAAUUCUUCACCCUUUAGAAGAAGUAAUGGCUGAACACGAUUCCCAGUAUCUCAUUGAGCUAGAUGGAAAUAAGCCCCCAGAGGAGCUCUUCACGGUAAUUAUGGAUCGACUUAAAUAUCUGAACCUAAAAAGAGCAGCUGUUUUAACCAAACUUCAGAGUGCAGAGGAAGAGAUUAAUGACACAAUGGAAAAUGAUGAGUUGUUCCGUACUCUUGCAGCUUGUAAACUUCUUGCACCAAGAUAUAGAUGGCAGAGAAGCAGAUGGGGGCAUACAUGUCCGGUGGCUUUAAAAGAAGGUAACAUUUUUCAAGGAUUGCCAGAUUUUUCUGUGAGUUUUCUAGGUAAAAUGUACUGUCUUUCAUCAGAAGAAGCAUUAAAAACAUUUUUAUUGAACCCACGUCCCUAUCUUCUUCCACCUAUGCCAGCACCACCAUUUAAAGUGUUCAUAUUUGGACCUCAGUCUUCAGGGAAAACAACACUUAGCAAUUUGCUUGCCAAACAUUACAAAGGAAAGGUAGUUGACUACGAUAAACUUGUUCAACCACGUUUUGAUAAAGCUCUUGAAACGCUAGCCAGAAAUGCUAUAGCUGAGGCCACUGAAGCAGCCAUUAAAGCUGUAAAAGAGCGGCUUCUCUCAGAACUACAAGCUAAAAAACAAGCCCAGUCAACUACAAAAGACCCUCAAAGAGAAUUUGAAAGGAAGGAAAAUGAGUUCCCAACUGAUGCAUAUAAAAGCUCAGAAGAGUUGCAUCUGUCAUUUGAUGAAGAUAAUAAAGAAAAUGUUGCUAAUAUUAUUAGCCAGGUCUUUCCUAAUAUAAACAGAUUAGCUGAUAAAGCGUAUUAUUCUUUCACUGCAGUGUUCACUCUUGAAUCCCAAAGAGAAAGCUCUUUAGAGGACAAUGAAGAAGCCAAAAUGAAGUCAGAUGAUAAAGACGAUGUAAUAGAAUAUGUGAUAGAGGAGGUAACUGCAGAUCAUCCAGAAGUUCUUUCCAUAAUAAAGGAGACGGUAAAAAUGGCAAAGGACAUGAACUUUGAACAGCCACAUGAAAAAAUUGCUGAAAUCUUAGACGAAGUUCUCCAAGAGGUAGUUGAAGAAAACAAGAAUAGGUUUUAUGGUGCCCCAAAAUAUGGAGGAUGGGUACUGGACAACUACCCUAUUAUGAAAGAACUGUGGAUGGUCUUAGUCAACAAAGGAAUUCUACCCGAUUUAGUCAUCUGUUUAUCAGACACAGAAAACAAUGGAAAAUAUUUAUUUAAUAGACUGUAUUUAGAGAAUAAACAAGAAAUUGACUCUAAGAUUUUAGAAAGGUUAUUGGAUGAACUACUAAAGAAAAGAAAAGAGGAAGAAGCAGCAAGAAAAGCCAAAGAAGAGACAUUGAGAAUAGAAGAAGAAAAUCGAAAGCUAUUGGAAGCUAUGAAUGCGAAAGCAAAAGAAGCAGAAGAAACUGAAGCUGAGGCUGACGAGGAGAUUGAAGGUGAGGAGUCUGAACUUCACGAAGGGUCUGAGGCCCCUGAGGUAGCCGAGGAGACCAGGGGGUCCUUACCUGAGGGGGCUGAAGUUUUCGAGGUCCCUGAAACGGAACAUGAAUCAGUUGUACUACCUGAGUUUCCAGAAGACGCUUAUCCUGAUGUUCCUGAAAUGGAGCCAAUUAAAGAGAGUGUCAGAUCUUUCUACUCCGCCUGGAGGCAGAUGGAAACAGCAAUCCGUGACUCUUUUACUCAAGUUUUAAACUUGGAGAUUGCUGACAAAACUCCAGAGGAACUACUUCAAAAAGUCGUUGAGACCAUGGAAAAACCUUUCCACUAUGCUGGCUGGGAGUUAACUAUGGACGAUUAUGAUGAAGAAACAGAAGACUAUCAGGCUGAGGCCGAAGGCGAUGAGGAGCUAGAAGAGGAGGAGGAGGAGGAGGAGGAGAAUGAAGAUAGAAUUAAAGAGAAGAGAAGGCAUUUGGGAGAUACAAAGCACUUUUGUCCAGUGGCUCUCAAAGAAAACUUCAUCCUACAACCAGGUAGCACAGAAGAAGCAGCUAAAUAUCGAGAAAAGAUCUAUUACUUUUCAAGUCCUGAGGCUAAAGAAAAGUUUUUGGAGCAACCUGAGGAGUAUGUGGCUCAUGAUGAACCAUUAAAGGCUCCUCCAUUAAGAAUAUGCCUUCUGGGCCCCCAUGGCUCUGGCAAAACCGUAUGUGGAAGACAGCUGGCAGAAAAAUUGGGCAUUUUUCAUAUCCAGUUUGAAGAAUUUCUUCAAGAAAAAUUAAUGCUUAAAACUGAGAAGAAAGUUGGACCUGAAUUUGAGGACGAUUCUGAGGAUGAGCAGUUUGCAAAACAAGAACUUGAAGAGCUUGCAAUUCAGGCCAAUGUUACAAUUGCAGAAGAAAAUACAAAGAAGCUGCCUCAGGAAGUACAGCUUACAGAAGAAGAAGAAGCAAUCAGAUUAAAUCUAACAGAAAAUGAGCCAUUGCCUCCCGAAAUCCUUGAAGCAAUUCUCUCUGAGUGGUGGUUUAAGGAACCAAUACGUUCCACAGGUUUUGUAUUAGAUGGUUUCCCGCGAUAUCCUGAUGAGGUCCAGUUUCUGGGGGAACAUGGGUUUUUCCCAGAUGCUGCUGUUUUUAUACAAGUUGACUAUCAAGAUGUUUCUGAUCGCCUCCUUCCUACCCAAAUUGGAAAGUGGAAAGUGAAACAAAAGAAGAAAUUAGAAAGGAAAAAACUCAUCAAAGAAAUGAAGGCAAAAAUCAAGGAUGACAUGAUUUCUAAAAGAAGGGCUGAACUUACAAUAGAGAGAGAGAAAAAAAGGAAAGGAGGGGAGACUGUUAGAAAAGAUGAAGACAUGAGCGAGGAAGAACUUGAAGAUGAGGAAGAUGAUAUUGACAUCCUUGAUGAAUUUCCAAAAGAUGAGGAAGUGAUGAGUGAGGAAGAUGAAGAGCAGGAAAUUGAUGCACUCGAACGCCUGAGAGGUGAACUGGGAGAAAAAUUUGAAGCAGAUAUGAAUAAUUUACAAAUAAUACAGGAAGAAUUUGAGAAGUUUUUGAUACCAGUAAUUCUCAUUAAUGGAGCUCGGAAAACCCACAUUGUACAAUACAUAUUGAAUAUGAAACUGAAACCACUGGUGGAGAAUCGUGCAAGCAUUUUUGAGAAAUGUUAUCCAAUAUCAUCCCACCUUGCCCAGAAAAUGCUCAGCUUCACCUACAAGUAUAUAAGCUCAUUUGGCUACUGGGACCCUGUAAAGCUAAGUGAAGGAGAGACAAUCAAGCCAGUUGAAAAUUCAGAGAAUCUACUUCAUCCUGUAAUCCAUCGUCAGUAUAUUUAUUUUUUAUCUAGUAAGGAAACUAAAGAAAAAUUUAUGAAGAACCCAAUCAAAUAUAUCCGCCAACCCAAACCUAAGCCUACUAUGCCCAUUAGGAUUGCACUUCUGGGGCCUCCAAAAUCUGGGAAAACUACAGUUGCCAAAAAAAUUUCAAGUGACUAUGGCUUAGAGCGUUUGUCAAUAGGAGAUGCUCUGCGUUAUGUAUUAAACCACCAACCAGACACGGAGCUUGCACUUAUGCUAAACUGGCAUCUUCAUAGAGGAAUGACAGCACCUGAUGAACUGGCUGUUCAGGCCUUAGAAUUAUCUCUGAUGGAAAGUAUAUGUAAUACUGCAGGUGUUGUCAUCGAUGGAUACCCUGUAUCUAAAUAUCAAGUGAGUCUCUUGGAAGCUAGGUCAGUCAUCCCCAUGGUCAUCUUUGAGUUGGAUGUGCCUUCCAAAGAGAUUUUCAAAAGAUUGCUCCUGGAGAAAAAAAAGGAACCAAGUUUGCCUUAUCCAUUGCAUAACAGCUCACAGAUUAUAGCUGUCAAGAACUCAAUGUACCGCAAAAAUAUUGAUGAGAUUAGGCAAUAUUUUCAAGAACAACAUCAGAACUGGUAUGUGAUUGAUGGCUUUCACAGCAAAUGGUGGGUAUGGAAUGAAGUCAUUAAGAAGGUUAAAGUGGUGAAUACACACAUGCAGAUAUACCUGGGAAGAAUAAAAGCAGGAAAAGCUGCCUGCAUUGACAAGUUAUGCAUCUCACCUGAAGAACUGAUUUCUCGCCUGGGCGAAUUUGGACACUUCUGCCCUGUCAGCCUGGCAGAAUCACAUGAAUUAGUGGAUGGCUCUUUAACUGAUUCCUUGGAAUUUGCAGCAGAGUUCAGAGGGCACUAUUAUAAAAUGAGUUCUCAGGAGAAAUUGAAUCGAUUUUUGGAGAACCCCGAAUUAUACGUGCCUCCAUUAGCACCUCUUCCUCUCCCGUCUGCCGACAUGAUGCCCAAAAGGCUGACACUGUCGGAGCUGAAGAGCCGGUUCCCUAAGUGUGCCGAGCUCCAGGGCUACUGUCCAGUGACCUAUCAGGAUGGCAAACAAAGAUACGAGACCCUAGUACCUGGUAGCAUUCACUAUGCUUUAGAAUAUCGUGAUCGUAUAUAUAUCUGUGAGAGUAGAGAAAAACUUGAGAAAUUUUUGAGGUCGCCACUGAAAUACUGGGAUCAGAAGCUUCCUUACAAACUUCCCCCGUUAAAGGAACCGAUGAAUCUCACGAGUCUGCCUUUGCCUGGAUAUCUGGAACAGGGUAUCGCAACUGCUCUAAUUAAAGCCAUGAAUGCAGCAGGAUGCUUAAAGCCCAAAUUCCCCUUCUUAAGUGUACAGAGAUCUGCGCUACUCUAUAUAGCAUUUCAUCUAAAAGCCUUUAAUCCCAAAGGUUCUGAGUACACAAGAAAAAAAUAUAAGAAGAAGAUGGAGCAGUUUAUGGAGAGAUGUGAACUCAUUACAUACCUGGGUGCCAAGAUGACCAGAAAAUACAAGGAACCUCAGUUUAGACCCAUUGACUUCGAUCAUAAGUUACAGACCUUUCUCUCUCUUAGAAAUAUAGACCCAGUCAAUGGAUAG